CCCUGCCCCAAUUUAAGCCCCCUCCUCUCUCAGCCGCCUCCGCUUCUCUUAAACUAAAAGCCUCUCUCCCUUCUUUUCUUAGCACACAACACAACAUCAUAACCCUCUGCCCCCCUACUUUGAACAAACCAGGACGAAUUCGCUCAUUUUCUUCAAUUUCUCUAAAACUAAGAGUGCUCUGUUUCUUUAUACACUCAUUCAAGCUGGCGAUCGAAAAUCAAGAAACCACUAUGAAGCCCAAGAACAGGAGAAUAAUGGGAGCUGGAGGACCUGAUGAUGAGGACAACAGGUGGCCGCCAUGGCUUAAACCUUUGUUGAGAGAGAGGUUCUUUGUUCAAUGCAAGCAGCACGCUGAUUCACACAAGAGUGAGUGCAAUAUGUACUGUAUGGAUUGUAUGAAUGGUGCGCUUUGCUCUCUCUGUCUUGCCUACCACAAGGACCACCAUGCUAUUCAGAUACGGAGGUCUUCAUAUCAUGAUGUGAUAAGGGUAUCUGAAAUACAGAAGGUGCUAGACAUCUCUGGUGUUCAAACUUAUGUUAUCAACAGUGCAAGAGUUGUGUUUUUGAAUGAGAGGCCUCAGCCUAGGCCUGGAAAAGGUGUUACCAACACCUGUGAGGUCUGCGAGCGCAGCCUCCUCGAUUCGUUCCGCUUCUGCUCUCUUGGGUGCAAGAUUGUUGGGACAUCAAAGAACUUCCAGAAGAGAAAGAAGCAACAAGUGGCAAUGGCAUCGGAUUCGGAGGACUCUUAUAGUAGCAGCAGCAGCCACGCGAGGUACAUGAAGAAGAACAACAUCAACAAUGAGAACAAAGUGCAGAGCUUCUCUCCUUCCACACCACCUCCAACACCAGCUAGUUACCGGACGGCAAAGCGAAGAAAGGGAAUCCCCCACCGAGCCCCAAUGGGAGGACUGAUAAUAGAAUAUUAGAACACUGAUGCUUUAGCAAAAAUUAUUAGAUCACCCUCAUGUAUACAUGUUUGUUAUCUCAUUGCCCCUCUUCUCCAACCCCAUGCUUAGAGCUCUUGACAGAAAGGGACCAGUAAUGGAGGUUUCAACUCUAUCUAUGGUGAUGUAUUGUAUAUAUGAAGCAGCAGCAAAUAGAAUACGGGAAAGAAGAAAAUAACACCAAUGUGAAAGGGACUGGAUGGCAAGAAUAAAAGAAAGCAAGCCCUUUUUUAUUUUAUUAAGAAAGAAAGAAUAGAGGUGCUUGCUAGAGUGAUUAUACAUAAGUUUUGGGCUUCAAGGAAAACAAAAUGUAAAUAGGGUUUUGGUAGGUGGGUUCCCUAGGAAAGUGGGUAGUGAAAAGACAGUUUACUCCUUGUCUUCAAAAUCGUACUUCUACUACUACUAAGUUGCAGGAUGGUGUUUAUAUAUAUAUAUAUAUAUGGAAAAUAAAAAUAAGAAAAAUUUAUCUUUGAAUGUAAA